CUCAUACUAAUUUGACAUCGGAAUGUUGAGGCUCGUUCAUCUUUUUAGCUCUAGACCUCGAGAGCUACCUCAUGUUUUCUCGUUGAUAUACCAGUAAAUAAAGAAAAUAGUAAGGCAAUCAAUACCUUAUAUAUAUAUAUCAUAUAUACCGUGUUAAACUUACACUCCUCUCUUGCAUAGCCCAAUCAUUCAGCAACUAGGUAUUCUUUAAAAUCCCAAAAUUCAUUUCCAUUUCCUAAAUCAAUGGCUUCUUCAAAAGACUCAAAAACAAUAACCAAGCCUAGGUCAGCUUCUCAGCCUAGGUUUAUCCAGCACAAGAAAGAGGCGUUUUGGUUCUAUAGACUCAUAUCAAUAGCCUAUGACCAUAUCUUAAACCCUUGUCACUUUACUGAGAAAAUGAGAGAAGAAGCAUUAGAGCCGGCUGACCUCAGUGACCGGAAUAUGAUUGUGGUAGACGUCGGAGGUGGUACCGGUUUCACUACUUCAGAAAUUGUGAAGCAUGUGGAUGCUAAGAAUGUCACAAUUCUUGAUCAGUCGCCUGAUCAGCUUGCGAAGGCGAAGAAGAAAGCGGCUUUGAAGGAAUGCAUGAUUAUUGAAGGUGAUGCAGAAGAUCUUCCGUUUCCUACUGAUUAUGCUGAUCGAUAUGUUUCUGCUGGAAGUAUUGAGUACUGGCCAGAUCCACAACGAGGAAUAAAGGAAGCAUAUAGAGUGUUGAAAGUAGGAGGAAAAGCGUGCAUAAUCGGUCCAGUUUACCCUUCCAAUUGGCUUUCUCGCUUCUUUGCAGAUGUUUGGAUGCUCUUCCCUAAGGAGGAAGAGUACAUUGCUUGGUUCCAAAAGGCCGGCUUUACCGAUAUUCAACUUAAGCCGAUUGGCCCUAAAUGGUAUCGUGGUGCUCGACAUCAUGGAUUGAUCAUCGGCUGUUCCGUAACUGGUGUUAAACCCGAAUCUGGCGAUUCUCAUCUACAGCUUGGUUCAAAGGAUGAGGACGUAUCAAAGCAAGUGAACCCAUUAGGGUUUGUGGUGCGUUUUAUUUUGGGUGUGAUGGCAUCAAUAUAUUAUCUCUUCCUCCCAAUCUACAUGUGGCUCAAAGAUAAAAUCGUACCAGAAGGUCGACCUAUUUAAAAACACAUCACAAUCUGAGAUUAGGGUUUCCUGUCUGCCUUUAAAUAAAUUCAGCCUUUAAUUAUUUUCCUCUAAACUAAGAAAAUAAACCAUCGUAUCGUAUGAAAUUCAGUUGUUUUAUUUUGCAGUUAUUGCUUAAGAGGCUUUGUCUAAAUAAAAGAAAUAUUGUUAUAAAAUUGUUUUAGAAUUGCUUGUGAA